CAGUGUCCCGGAUGCUGCGGCGGGUCCUGAGGUCCAGCGUCCGGAGCUGCAGCUCGGGCGCUCUAGUGACGCAGCCACACCCCGGGGAGCCCUCCCAACCUGCCGUGGAGUGGGAUGGACUAGCCCAUCUGUACGCAGUAGGGGAGGGCACAGAAUGUCCUUAGGAGAAUCUCAGAGUGUCUACGCUCCAGAGCUGUUUGGGGGUCGGCCUUUAUCAUUCAGAUCAAAGGCCCAAGGUGCCGUCCGGACGGAGGCGGUUCCUGAGGGAGCACGCGGCCCCCUUCUCUGCCUUCCUCACCGACAGCUUCGGCCGGCGCCACAGCUACCUGCGGAUCUCCCUCACUGAGAAGUGCAACCUCAGAUGUCAAUACUGCAUGCCCGAGGAGGGUGUCCCUCUGACCCCCAAGGCGGACCUGCUGACCACAGAGGAGAUCCUAACCCUGGCCCGCCUCUUUGUGAAAGAAGGUGUAGACAAGAUCCGACUCACGGGCGGGGAGCCGCUCAUUCGGCCGGACGUGGUGGACAUCGUGGCACAGCUCCACCAGCUGGAAGGGCUGAGGACCAUUGGCGUCACCACCAACGGCAUCAACCUAGCCCGGCUGCUGCCGCAGCUUCAGGAAGCUGGCCUCAGUACCAUCAACAUCAGCCUGGACACGCUGGUACCAGCCAAGUUUGAGUUCAUCGUCCGCAGGAAAGGCUUCCGCAAGGUCAUGGAGGGCAUCCACAAGGCCAUUGAGCUGGGCUACAGUCCUGUGAAGGUGAACUGUGUGGUGAUGCGAGGCCUGAAUGAGGACGAACUCCUGGACUUCGUGGCCUUGACCGAGGGCCUUCCCCUGGACGUGCGCUUCAUAGAGUACAUGCCCUUUGACGGCAACAAGUGGAACUUCAAGAAGAUGGUCAGCUACAAGGAGAUGCUGGACACCCUCAGGCAGCAGUGGCCGGAGCUGGAGAAGCUGCCGGAGGAGGAAUCCAGCACAGCCAAGGCCUUUAAAAUCCCUGGCUUCCGAGGCCGAGUCAGCUUCAUCACGUCCAUGUCUGAGCAUUUCUGUGGGACGUGCAACCGCCUGCGAAUCACAGCUGACGGGAACCUCAAGGUCUGCCUCUUUGGGAACUCAGAGGUAUCUCUACGGGAUCACCUGCGGGCGGGGGCCUCUGAGGAGGAGCUGCUGCGCAUCAUUGGGGCUGCCGUGGGCAGGAAGAAGCGGCAGCAUGCAGGCAUGUUCAGUAUUUCCCAGAUGAAGAACCGGCCCAUGAUCCUCAUCGAGUUAUUUUUGAUGUGCCAAGAUUCCCCACCAGCCGUUCCAAGCAUCUCCUUCAGGGACUCCCUCCAUGUUCAGGGUCGGAGAUACAGAGUGAGUUUCUCCAGCCAGACGGUGACUUUGUGGAAAGGGGGCUGGCCCCCCCAGACCCCUCUCCUCGCCCAGCGGUGGCUGGCAUCUGGGCUCCCUCAGAGACAUUACAGUUCCCACCUCGACUCAGAUGCCAACCCAAAGUGCCUUAGCCCAGAGCCCCGGGCUCCUGCCACCCCAUCAGGACCUCUGCCCACCUCAGACCAACUGACCCACGUGGACAGGGAAGGACAGGCGGCUAUGGUAGACGUGGGUGGGAAGCCAGACACAGAGCGGGUGGCCGUGGCCUCAGCCGUGGUCCUCCUGGGGCCUGUGGCCUACAAGCUCGUCCAGGAGAACCAGCUAAAGAAGGGAGACGCCCUGGUGGUGGCGCAGCUGGCAGGCGUCCAGGCGGCCAAGCUGACCAGCCAGCUGAUCCCGCUGUGCCACCACGUGGCCCUGAGCCACGUGCAGGUGCAGCUGGAGCUGGACGGCACACGCCACGCCGUGGUGGUCCGGGCGUCCUGCCGGGCUCGGGGCCCCACUGGGGUGGAGAUGGAGGCCCUGACCUCCGCUGCCGUGGCCGCCCUCGCCCUGUAUGACAUGUGCAAGGCUGUCAGCAGGGACAUCGUGUUGGCGGAGAUCAAGCUCGUCAGCAAGACCGGGGGUCAGCGGGGGGACUUCCAUCGGACGUAGAGCUCCUGCCCCCUCUCACCCCUGGCCCAGCGAGGUCAAGAGAUGGGAUGAGAUUUCAGCCAAGGGAAAGAUGUCAAGUUCCUUUCACCCCGCCACCAGUUACCUUCAACCGGUAGGAACCCCAGGUCAGCCCACCCCUCUACUGCUCGAUGACCUACACUGACCUGCGAGGUUUCCUUUCUUCCGAGAGGAAACCAGCAGGCCCGUCAGCCUUCCUGGACCCUAACUAAGGUCGUGGGAGGGGGCUGGCCGCAGCAAGCAAGGCUAGAUAACCCCCGAAUCACACUGAGUGACUUGUGGACUCUCUCCGACAAUGGAGCCCAUAACCUCCCCUUCCCUCUUGGGUUUCCUCUUCUCCUUCCUUCCCCGGGAGGGAACCAAGGGCUCCCAAGCAGGGGCCUCGUGGGCCACAGCCCUGAGGCCUCCUGACCAAGCACACCUCCCACACCUGCCCCGCGCAUGGCCUUUCCACCUGCACCCCUUCGUCCUGGGACACACCAGGGGAGGAGGAGCAAUGGCGCUUGCCUUCACCCACACGGUGCACCAAAUAAAGCCACGAUGCCCAUUUGGGGGA